GAGGAGAGAGGAGGGGGGGGAGUGAGCCAAAGCAAAGCAAAGCAAAGCUGGGAACAACAAGGGGAGAAUCGGGGAGGGAUUAUCAGUUAACUAUGCUUAUCUGCAUGUGAUAUGGCAGCCCACUGAGGUGUCCAGACGGCCGUGUCUUUCCUCUUGAACCCGGUGGUUUGUCAGCUCGUUGUCUACAUGAAGGCCCGGAUCAAUCUAAGUUAGAGUUAGCAGUCUGCUGUUAGCUCCUGCUGCUAGCUAACUCCUGCUACUGACUUCAAACAACUUGUCAACAGCCGAUCGAUCCCGGACCGGACACGGGGCUGUUUUCACCGCUUGUUUGUUUUAGCCGGUGGACGAUUUCUUUUACCCUGAAAAUCUCCCGAGCCAGAAGCACUAUUGAGAGAGGUUCUGGUAUUCUUACCCAGUGGAGCUAUGAUGACGACGUGACAGGAGGGGAGGUGCUGAGUCAGCUUCAAAAGGAGCCAUGGAUGGGUUUCAGCAAACUGCUACAGAGCAGCACGAGCGGGUGAAUGGCUACUGCGAGCCCAAGUCCCCCCAAGACAGUGAUGACGUCAGGUGGACAGCACCCGAGGGAGAGUCUGGAGGUUCGGACAGCUGCGGGGGGACCAGUGUGUCCGAGCUGACAGACCUGCAAGAGCUGAAGGCCAGGGAAAGUGAUGAGGAGGAGGAGGAGAAGGAGGGAGUGCUUUCUGCUACAAGCCUGAAAGGGGACCAGAAGAGACGAGAACAAGAGAGUCUAGAUCAGGAAAAUGAUCACAGCAGACAGAACAGCAGUGCAGGAUCCAGCUACACAGACCUGUCCCACACCUCGUCUCCUUCGCUGUCAGAACAGCUGCGUCUCGGCCGAGAAGACAGCACAGGGUCUGGGAUCAGCGUGGAGUGUAAAGUCUGUGGCGACAAGGCCUCAGGCUUCCACUAUGGAGUCCACGCCUGUGAGGGUUGCAAGGGCUUCUUCCGACGAACUGUGAGGAUGAAACUGGAAUAUGAGCGGUGCGAGCGCUCCUGCAAGAUUCAGAAGAAGAAUCGUAACAAGUGCCAAUAUUGUCGAUUCCAGAAGUGCCUGUCUUUAGGAAUGUCCCAUGAUGCGAUCCGAUAUGGACGCAUGCCUGAGGCAGAGAGGAAGAAGCUGGUUGCAGGCCUGCUUGCAGAGGAAGUGAACCUCAGCAAACCCGGCGGCUCAGACCUGAAAACUUUAGCCAAACAAGUCAACACAGCCUACCUGAAGAACCUCAGCAUGACCAAGAAGAGGGCCCGCAGCAUCCUGACAGGCAAAACCAGCAGCACCUCUCCGUUUGUGAUCUACGAUGUCGACACUCUCUGGAAGGCAGAAAGUGGUUUGGUGUGGAGCCAGUUACUUCCUGGUGCGCCCCUGACCAAGGAGAUUGGGGUCCAUGUGUUCUACCGCUGCCAGUGCACUACAGUGGAGACUGUGCGGGAGCUCACAGAGUUUGCCAAGUGCAUUCCAGGGUUUGUGGACCUCUUCCUUAAUGACCAGGUGACUUUGCUGAAGUACGGUGUACAUGAGGCUAUUUUCGCCAUGCUGCCCUCUCUCAUGAACAAAGACGGACUAUUGGUGGCUAAUGGUAAAGGCUUUGUAACCAGGGAGUUCCUUCGCAGCUUAAGAAAACCCUUCAGCGAGAUCAUGGAGCCCAAGUUUGAGUUUGCAGUUAAAUUCAACGCUCUGGAGCUGGAUGACAGCGACCUGGCCCUGUUUGUUGCUGCCAUUAUUCUAUGUGGAGAUCGGCCCGGGUUAAUGAACGUGAAGCAGGUGGAGCAGAGUCAGGACAACAUCCUCCAAGCCCUGGACCUCCACCUCCAAGCAAACCACUCUGACUCUGUCUACCUCUUCCCCAAGCUGCUGCAGAAGAUGGCCGACCUCCGUCAGCUGGUUACUGAGAACGCUCAGCUUGUCCAAAAGAUUAAAAAGACUGAGUCGGAAACCUCGCUCCACCCUCUACUACAGGAGAUCUAUAAAGACAUGUAUUAGUAUUCUCCAGCACAGACUGCUUUUAGCAAUACUGUUACAGACUGAGUUUAUAAUAAUAAUACACUGCAUCCAGUACAAGCACUGUUCCGUAAUACGGGCAUGGAUUUUAACAUGUACGAACAAGGCAAAGUUACAUGGUAGGGCUAACACAAUCAGCAAGGUCUUCUCAGUGUCAGCACAGUAAAGUGUGUGUGCGUGGGUGUGUGUGUAUGAUUGCGUGAAGAGCAUCUGGAAUCAUUUGCUACAAGUCCUAGUUUCCCAUUUUCCCACAACGGUCACUUAACAGAGUGAAUGAUAUGUUUUCUUACCAAGGCUACUCCCAUUUCAUCCCGAUAGUGAAGCUGACCCCUGAGCAGUGUCUAGAGAGAGCUUCUCCUCACUUGCCUCACCUCGCCUUGCCUCGCCUUGGUUCAGCUCGGUUUUAUGCUGUAAAGGGAAAGCACUUCAUGUUCAGAUACCAGUGGCAGAGAUCAAAUAGAACUGUGACACAACUUCUUUUGAUACCAAUGUCUCCUGCAGAGUGAUUGUUCUAAGACUUUUUGGUGACUCGAAAGAUGCAGAAAUUGUUUAUUUUGUUUACAGCAUCAUCAUCAUCAUGAUCAUCAUCAUCACAAUGAAAGAGCACUAUCUUUGCCAUUUGGUUUAUGCAACACAAACUGGGCUGGCUCCAGCAGUGUAGAGCUCCCUCAAUGCAGCUGGCUGUGCAAUACCAUUUGCAUUUGUCAAUAAAUGUGGAAACCCCCAAGUUAUAUAUAGGUUUUGUCUUAAAGCCAUGUACCCAAGUGGUAACUAAUGGACAAUGCUGCACAGAUUUAGCUGAAGCUGACACUAUAAACACCUGACCCGAUGAAGUACAAGGGACAGCAUGUUUUCUUUUCUGUUUCAACACACAAAGGAUCAUAAACUUGCCAUUUUUUAAAAAUAGUUUUCUUUCUUAGUUUACUCUUUGUAAUUAUGUUACUAAUUAUUUGUAAUUGUUGAUCAUUAUUUGUAAGGGCAAAACAUGAAUUAUUAUCUUGUUUUAUGUAUUAAGUAUAUGUGUUAUUUCAGAUUACAUGCCUGCCUGUUAAGUCCAGGUUGUACUAAAUAUAUCAUCAAACAUAACAAGAAAACUUUUAUUUGAUGAUGAGGGAUUUGGAUUACCUGAAAGAAGUACAUGACAUUAUCUGACAAAAGCUGACAAGAAUUAACAAGUCAACAUCUAAAAGCUGUAAAAUAAGUCAUUUCUCUGUUCACAUAGUGUAUUUUCACAGUCUUAUGUUAGAAAUUCUUUUAAUGUACAGUUACAUUUGUCUUACAAUAGCCCAACAUCAAAUGCUUCCAAGUGUUGUUUUUCUAUUCCGCAAGUUUCUUUUCACUGUACUUGAUCUGAAUGGACUACACAGUAUGUCAGCACACAAAACACCUGCACACGUCUUAUGGAAAUCCUCCUCUUGUGCUCUUACUCUUGUCUUUAUCCCUAUCUACCUCUGUGUGAUGUAUGAUCUGUGACAAUAUUCCACUGUCUCAUCUAA